AUGUUUCGAAAUACUUACCAGGGCGGAUUUCUGUCCAUUUUGUAUAGUUGCGGGUCGGCUCCUUUGGAAUUAUGGGACAUGCAUGUGAAAAAUGGAUAUAUACGAAGAAUCACAGAUGAAGAGAUAAAAUCGUUGGCAUUGGAAAUAGCCGGGACUAAUGUGGCUACAACUUAUAUUUACUGUCCGGCAGAUCCGAAGAAGGUGCUGGGUAUUAAGCUGCCCUUCCUUAUCAUCAUUAUCAAGAAUAUGAAGAAGUAUUUCACGUUCGAGAUAACAAUACUGGACGAUAAGAAUAUGCAUAGGAGAUUCCGUGUAAGCAAUUUUCAGAGCACGACGCGUGUUCGUCCCUUUUGCACAUCCAUGCCCAUCGGGCUUUCAGGUGGAUGGAAUCAGAUUCAAUUCAACCUGUGUGAUUUUACGCGACGAGCGUAUGAAGACGAGAUGCCGGAAGAUUUUAAACUCUUUUUCCCGGUACAUCGGAAGAAGUGUGUUAGAGAGGAAGAUGUGCCAAAAAAACCCAGCCUGGUACUUGAAAAAGUACCGUCCAUCGUGAAAGAACCGAUUAUCGAACCGGAAGUGUUAGUAGAAAAGACAAUUGAGCCGCCAACAAUUACGGAGGAACUAGAUUUAAUCGAGGAAACAAUACCAGAGAUGCGUCCGGAAGAAGCGGAAAAGAUAAUCGUGAAGAAAGAUGAAGAACAAGAAAGAGAAAAAGAAGAAAAAGAAGAGGAAAAGGAGGAGGAAGAAGCUGAAGUUGAAGAGACUGUGGUUUUUGACGAAGACGAAGAAGUCGAGCUUACGGACAUUAUUCACGAAGAUGAGAACGAAGAAGAAGCUAUAGAUAUAUUAAAAUUUGAAGAAGAUUACACGGAAAAUGAAGCUGAUUAA